AGCAGUGCCAGGCCAUCCUCGCUAUGCUGGCAACCUCCGCUCGCCUCUCUCCCCAGGGCCGGGCGUCGACCAGCAGGUCCCCUUCGGGACUCGAGUUAAGGGCCGCCUCCGCGAACUCACUUAGCCCCAUCAGGGCCUUCCGCGGCGUCGCCUUCGAGGACUUCGACUGCGAUGUGGAGGCGCACAGCAGCUUCCUGGGGAGCGGAGCGGGGCUUAGCAUGGGCAACGACCCUUUCCAGAACAUGAACGACUUCCCUUUCACCCCGAACAUCACCGUCACCGGGGAAACUCGGUCGUGCGUGGACCUCCUGCCCUCCGAGAAGAGAGACCCAGUGGAUGAGUUCGGGGCGGUUGGCGACGCCCUGUUCCUCGCCGACUCGACGUCCAUGAACGAGACCCAAAAUGGUGGCGAGGCCCAGACGUCCUUCGACGCGGCGCUGGACUACCACCGAAGGAUGUCCGUCAGCAUGGAGGAGAUCAAUCUGUCCCGGGACUCGCGUGAGGAGGACAGGACUCCCAAAACGGUCGAAGCCAUUAAGCACUCCCAUCAUAAUUACACCAAGAGUAGCAUGAACAUCAUUUCAACGCCUCUUAAUGAAACGGCAGACAAGAAUACGAUGAAAAGUUCGCUGUACAACACUUUUGCAGUCAUCGAGGAAAUGAUGGUCUCUCCAUUGAAGAGUUUUCACGAAAAAGUGAGGAAAAGGCUGAAGAAGAUGACUUCGAUGAAUCAAAGAUACGUGAGCAUUACAGAGAGUCCAGGAGCCGGGGACAAAUCCAAAGAGAGCGAUUCCACUGAGGAAGAAUUCUUCCCCGGAGGACUUUGCCUGGACGCAGACGAGACCGGGCAGCUGGACAGCACCUUCGUCUUCAUGGAAGAGGUCGUAUCGAAGGAUCUCGGUGGGCCAGUUCAGGCUUUGAGGCGCAGGGAGGACGAGGUUUACGGGUGCAGCGUGACGGGCGUCGCAGAUGACCAGCUGGUGACCCCGAGGACCCCCUGGCACUCCCCGAUCCGUGACCUGAAGACACAGGACCAGGAGGGCCUCCCCAACAUUUCGUGGUCGUCUCCCGCUGUGACUGAGUUCCUAACCAGUCCCGGAACCUCGGGUGCUCUUGAGAAGAACAGCGCAAGGGGAUACCUGUGUAGGAUCUACGUCCCGUCAUGGUUAGUCUGGCGGCCCAAACUCUUCGCCUUUGUGUGCGAGUUCGAGCGCCACGCCGGCCUCAAUUCCUUCGUCGAUCUUAUGUUGGAGGAACCGAACCCGGAGGAACACUGGCACGUCGUCCGCUCGAAAGACUUCACUCCUCCAGAGGUUGGAGAAGAACGGGUUAUCCACAUCCCACGGGGGAUGGUUUGGGUCCGCACUUCCACUUCAGGAUUCCUCACGACGAAGGCACGCUUGAGGGAGAUCGCCCACCACAGGCCUCUCCCUUGUACCUGGAGAGCCGUCACAGGCAAAUCUAAGCUUGUGAGGGUUCAGAAAUCUCGAAGGAACUCGGUACAUAAUUGGUAAUAUGCAUUUUAAUAGUUUGUUGAAUGUAUUGUGUUCUUAUAAAGCCCUCUGGCAAAAUGCUUUUUUUUAGUUGUAAAAAACAAAAAACAAAAAACAAAAAA